AUUUAGUUAUAAAAGCUGUUUUCGCGGGAAAUGAAACAUGGGAAAAUGACAACAAACAGUGGAAGACCUAGAAGGAAAUGCGUUUCAGUUUCAUUUGUCGGCGACGAUGAUGUUAUUGGCCACAUUGUUGACGUUAACAAGAAAUAUGAAAGCAGGAAACAGAAAAAAAGAUCGUCAUUGCAACAUACCAGAAAGAACCAGUUAAAAUACACUGAGGAUAUAGAAAUAGUAGAGCAAAGUGACAGUGAUGAAGAAAACUUUCAACCUUCAGUCUUUGAAGAGCAAGGAGAUGGCCAGGUUGCAGGAAGUGAUGUGUUUCAGUUUAAAACAACAAAAAAAUCAGGAAGCAUGGCACUUAAAGCUUCUGAAGCAAGGACGCCCAAAACUCCAAAAUCUAUUUUAAAGAACAGCAAUUCUGUGUCUUCCGGGAAGAGGAAAACAGAAAAUGUGACCCCAAGGAAAGGUGAGGGAACUCCAAAGAAAGGCACACAAGGGAAACUGACAAGGAAAGGGAGAAAACCAGAAGCUACAACUCCAUUCAAACUCAGGAAGCGGGCUGAAUACAUUUGUGAUGAUGUGGAUGUGGACUCAGAUUCGAGUGAUACAGACAGCGAAGAGGGGGAGAGUGACACAGAAACCUCAGCCACCCCAGUCCCCCCCACUACCCCCCGGUCCCGGAGGAAGAUCCAGGAGGCUGCCGAUAUGCCACAUAUGGUGGAGGAAUAUUUUGACCUGCAUUCCCAAGGAGGCCUCUCAACAACAUCGGACAGGACGCUAGCCAAACUCGGGACAGGCAAAAUGGAUCAGGAGUCUCUCAAUGAACUCCUCAGAAGAGUUCCCAGCAAGCACAGCAGAGAGUGUCAGCAGAUGUACGAAGAACACAGAGAGCUAUUCCACAAGUGGAUGUUUUACAUGUGUAAUGGUUACAAUAUUUUGUUGCAUGGUCUUGGCUCCAAGAGAACCCUGCUUGAGGACUUCAGGAGGUCAGAGCUUAAGGACCUGGAUCAUGUAGUUGUCAACGGUUAUUUUCCAAGUUUGACUAUUAAACAUAUUUUGAAUACCAUAACAGAUGAAAUUUUGGAAGUGGAGGGCACCUAUAAGAGUCCUCUAGACCAAGUGGAGUUCAUCAAAUCCCAGUUUGAGACAAAAGAUUACAGAGACUUCUUUCUGGUUGUACACAACAUUGAUGGAGUGAUGCUACGGCCAGAAAAGAUUCAGAACAUCCUGAGUCUGUUGAGUCAGAUCAGGGGCUUCCACAUUGUGGCUUCCAUUGACCACAUCAACGCACCACUCAUAUGGGACCAGACAAAGUGCAGCCGCUAUCGGUGGUUAUGGUACGAUGUGACUACAUACCUGCCAUAUACUGACGAGACCUCCUACGAGAACUCGCUGCUGGUACAGCAGACUGGGUCACUAGCCCUCAGCUCCAUGUCGCAUGUGAUGAAGAGCUUGACAACCAAUGCCAAACAGAUAUUCUUGUUGCUUGCCAAGCAUCAACUGGAAAAUAAGGACAGCAGUACUUACUUGGGUAUGUCUUUACAAGAUCUGUAUCAAAGAUGCCGAGAAGCUUUCCUGGUCAAUAGUGACUUAACACUGCGUGCUCAAUUAACGGAGUUCAGGGACCACAAGCUAAUCAAGUCUAAAAAGGGUUUCGAGGGAAUUGAAUACUUGGUAAUCCCAGUUGACAAUGCUACACUUACCGAGUUUACUGAGCAACAUGAAAGCAGUGUGUGAGAGGACGCAAUUGGACGAAGGUUCAUGGAAUCAAGAUAUAUGGCUGAUAUAUCCAACAAAGGACGCAAAUUGAAAUUUUGAGAGAGAAAAAAAUCGAUUAACAACACGAUGUACUCUUGCAACUGAUUGUAUUUAUUUAUUAAUUGAUUUGAUAUGCAAAUAAAAGUUUAUUUUGACAGCAAAAAUUCCUUUAUUUUACACUAUACAUAAAGAUUAGUUAUGAAA